AUGUUUACUAUGUAUCUACAAAGAUAUCCAAAGUUAAGUCGAGCUUCAUUGAACUUACUUUCACGUAUAUUUUUCGAGAAUAAACAAAAUUUAAACGGAGUCCAUUUUUAUUUCAUGGUUAGGGGGUAUAAUGAGUUACAAACAUUGCAGCUCAUUGACUUUGGAACUCAUUUUUCAACCGAAAUCUACUCUUGA